GUUGCUGCUGACGGCCCAGGACUUAUUCCUCACUGCCAGCAUGGAUCCCCAGAAGCCCCUGAGCACAUCCCCAGAGCAGAAGAACCCCUCAGAGAACAAAUGUGUGGAGCUGAAGCACAGCCCUGAGGAACAGGAGGAAGAGGAGGAAUAUGAGCAGGAAGAGGACACAGAGUUUGAGGAUGAGGAGGAGGGAGAAGAGAAGGAGGAGAAAGCUUAUGAGGAGGAGGACAUGAACUAUGGUGAGGAUGAGGAUGAGUAUGAUGAUAACGACAAUGAUGAGGAGGAGGAUGAGGAGGAUAGUGAAGAGGAUGAUGAGGACAAGAAAGAUAACAGUGUGGAGGCCAGCGCUGUGAUACACAAGGGUCAGAAUCAGUGCCCCAAUGAGAGUUUCAGCCACAGCUCUGACCUCAGCCAGCACCUCUGUGACCACCACUCCAAGGGUGAUGAGCUGUGCAGUGGUGAGGAGAACCCACCAGACCCCCUGGUCAUCCCCAAUGCCUGUGAUGAGGGCCAGGGGAAAUUCAGCCAGCACUUGAACCUAAUGAGACACACGCAGACCGGUAGCAGCAAGAGCCUCUACAUCUGCAGCAACUGUGGCAAGAGCUUCUCCCACAAGUUCCACCUCACCCAGCACCACUGCACCCACAUUAGGCAAAAGCCGUAUGUCCGUGGUGACUGCAGUGAGAGCUUCUCCAACAAGUCCAGCCUCACCCAUCGCAGACGGACCCACACUGGGGAGAAGCCGUAUACCUGUGACACCUGCAGCAAGAGCUUCUCCAGCAUGUCCAUCCUUAGCCGCCAUCACCGCACCCAUACUGGGGAGAGACCCUAUGUCUGUGACAAGUGCAGCAAGAGCUUCUCCGACCAGUCCAUCCUCAGACAGCACCAUCGCAUCCACACUGGUGAGAGACCCUAUAUCUGUGACAAGUGCAGCAAGAGCUUCAGUCAGAGCUCGGCACUUACCAGGCACCGCCGCACCCACACUGGGGAGAAGCCCUUUGCCUGUGACAAGUGCAGCAAGAGCUUCUCCGACCAGUCCAUGCUCAGACAGCACCAUCGCAUCCACACUGGUGAGAGACCCUAUAUCUGUGACAAGUGCAGCAAGAGCUUCAGUCAGAUCUCCACACUGAAUGUGCAUCGCCGCACCCACACCAGGGAGAGAUCCUAUGUCUGUGACAAGUGCAGCAGAACCUUCAACCACAAGUCCACCCUCACCCAGCACCGCCGCACCCACACCGGGGAGAGACCCUAUGUCUGUGACAAGUGCAGCAGGACCUUCAACUACAAGUCCACCCUCACCAGGCACCGCCACACCCACACCGGGGAGAGACCCUAUGUCUGUGACAAGUGCAGCAGGACCUUCAGCCUCAAGUCCACCCUCACCAGGCACUGCCGCACCCACACUGGGGAGAAGCCGUAUGUUUGUGGUGACUGCGGUGAGAGAUUCACCCAAACGGCACAUCUUGCCCGGCACAUGAAGGCCCACACUGGUGAGAAGCCCUUUGCCUGA